CCCUGCACACCGCUUGCGCGCACGGGCCUCCUCCCCUCUGCACCCCGGACACCUGGCGGAGCUCGUCGCCCGGAGCCCGCGCUGAGAGCAUCCUCCAGCUCCCAUCUGUUUCCUCGGGAGGGUGGGGGCUCGGGCCGGAGCCAGAGCGGCGGAUGGGCACAGACUCCCCCUCCCCCCGGCCCCUCAGGCCGGGGGUGACCUUGCCCCCUGGAGCCCUCACCAUGAAUACCAAGGAUACCACCGAGGUUGCUGAGAACAGCCACCACCUGAAGAUCUUUCUCCCCAAGAAGCUGCUGGAGUGUCUUCCUCGCUGUCCACUGCUGCCUCCAGAGCGGCUACGGUGGAAUACAAAUGAGGAGAUUGCAUCCUACUUGAUCACCUUUGAGAAGCAUGACGAGUGGCUAUCCUGUGCCCCGAAGACAAGGCCUCAGAAUGGCUCCAUCAUCCUCUACAACCGCAAGAAGGUGAAAUACCGGAAGGACGGUUACCUGUGGAAGAAGCGGAAGGAUGGGAAGACCACGAGAGAGGACCAUAUGAAGCUGAAGGUCCAGGGCAUGGAGCCUGUCUCCUGGCAGUGUCUCUAUGGCUGCUACGUUCACUCUUCCAUCGUCCCCACAUUCCAUCGGCGCUGCUACUGGCUGCUCCAGAACCCUGACAUCGUGCUUGUACACUACUUGAACGUCCCUGCCCUGGAGGACUGUGGAAAAGGCUGCAGCCCCAUCUUUUGUCCUGUCAGCAGCGACCGUCGCGAGUGGCUGAAGUGGUCCCGGGAGGAGCUGCUGGGGCAGCUGAGGCCCAUGUUUCAUGGCAUCAAGUGGAGCUGUGGGAACGGGACAGAGGAGUUCUCCGUGGAGCAGCUGGUGCAGCAGAUCCUAGACACCCACCCGACCAAGCCCGCACCCCGAACCCAUGCCUGCCUCUGCAGUGGGGGCCUCGGUUCCGGGAGCCUCACCCACAAAUGCAGCAGCACAAAACACCGCAUCAUCUCUCCCAAAGUGGAGCCCCGAGCUUUAACCCUGACCUCUGUGCCCCACCCACACCCCCCUGAGCCCCCUCCACUGAUAGCCCCUCUUCCCCCAGAGCUCCCAAAGGCACAUGCUUCCCCUUCCUCUUCCUCGUCCUCGUCCUCUUCUUCCUCUGGCUUUGCAGAACCCCUAGAGAUUAGACCUAGCCCCCCCACCUCUCGAGGGGGUUCAUCCAGAGGAGGCACCGCAAUCCUCCUCCUGACGGGACUGGAGCAGCGUGCGGGGGGCUUGACGCCCACCAGGCACUUGGCUCCCCAGACUGACCCUAGGCCUUCCAUGAGCUUGGCUGUGGUUGUGGGCUCUGAGACCUCUUCCCCACCUGCUCCUCCCAGCCCUGCCUUUGACCCAGAUCGUUUUCUCAACAGCCCUCAGAGGGGUCAGACCUAUGGAGGGGGCCAGGGGGUAAGCCCAGACUUCCCCGAGGCAGAGGCCACCCACACCCCCUGCCCUGCCCUGGAGCCCGCUGCUGCCCUGGAGCCCCAGGCGGCUGCUCGGGGGCCUCCUCCUCUGCCAGGAGCAAGUGGGAGAAGAGGAAAUCGCUUCUUCAUUCAAGAUGAUGGCAGUGGGGAGGAGCUCAAGGCCCAGGGGGCUGCCCCACCUGCACCUUCACCUCAUCCCUCGCCCCCACCUUCACCUGCCCCCUUGGAGCCACCAGGCCGGGGAGGAAGAGGGGAGACCUUGUUUGGAGGAGCUGCAGGGGCCAGUGAACUGGAGCCCUUCGGUCUUGCAUCAUUCCCUGACCUCAUGGGAGAGCUCAUCAGCGACGAGGCUCCAGGAGCCCCUGUCCCAACUGCCCAGCUCUCUCCGGCUCUUAGCACCAUCACAGACUUCUCCCCGGAGUGGUCCUACCCAGAGGGUGGGGUCAAGGUGCUCAUCACAGGUCCCUGGACAGAGGCUGCGGAGCAUUACUCCUGUGUUUUUGAUCACAUCGCUGUGCCAGCCUCUCUUGUCCAGCCUGGUGUCCUACGCUGCUACUGUCCUGCCCAUGAGGUUGGGCUGGUAUCUUUGCAGGUGGCGGGGCGGGAGGGCCCCCUUUCUGCCUCUGUGCUCUUUGAGUAUCGAGCCCGCCGGUUCCUGUCAUUGCCUAGUACUCAGCUUGACUGGUUGUCACUGGACGACAACCAGUUCCGGAUGUCCAUCCUGGAGCGGCUGGAGCAGAUGGAGAAGCGCAUGGCCGACAUGGCAGCAGCCGGGCAGGCUCCCUGCCGCAGUCCCAAUGCACCUCCAAUUCAGGAUGAAGGCCAGGGGCCGGGGUUUGAGGCCCGAGUGGUGGUCUUGGUGGAAAACAUGAUCCCACGCUCGACCUGGAGGGGUCCUGAACGUCUGGCGCAUGGAAGCCCUUUCCGGGGCAUGAGCCUUCUGCACCUGGCCGCUGCCCAGGGCUACGCCCGCCUCAUCGACACCCUGAGCCAGUGGCGGAGCAUGGGGACAGUGAGCUUGGACUUAGAGCAAGAGGCUGACCCGCUCAACGUGGACCACUUCUCUUGCACCCCACUGAUGUGGGCUUGUGCCCUGGGGCACCUGGAGGCCGCUGUGCUCCUCUUCCGCUGGAACAGACAGGCGCUGAGCAUUCCUGACUCUCUGGGCCGGCUGCCCCUGUCGGUGGCGCAGUCCCGGGGUCACGUGCGCCUGGCCCGCUGCCUCGAGGAACUGCAGAGACAGGAGGCUGCAGCCGAGCUUCCACUUGCCCUGUCACCACCCUCCUCCAGCCCAGACACAGGACUGAGCAGCGUCUCCUCACCCUCGGAGCUGUCGGAUGGUACUUUCUCCGUCACGUCAGCCUACUCCAGCGCCCCAGAUGGCAGUCCUCCCCCCGCCCCUGUGCUGGCCUCCGAGAUGGCUAUGGAAGAGACCAUGCCAGGCCAGCUCUCCUCCGGUGCCCCUGAGGGCCCCCUAUUUCUCAUGGACUGUGAAGCCACCAACCCCCAAGAGCCGGUACCCUCACGGCCUCCUUUCCCCCCAGCCCCAGAGGGUGGGGCUGCCUCAGAGGAAGCAGACAGCCCCCCGGCUGUGGAUGUGAUCCCGGUGGACAUGAUCUCACUCGCCAGGCAGAUCAUCGAAGCCACACCAGAGCGGAUUAAACGAGAGGACUUUGUGGGGCUGCCUGAUGCUGGAGCACCAAUGAGGGAGCGGACAGGGGCCCUGGGGCUCAGCGAGACCAUGUCCUGGCUGGCCAGCUACCUGGAGAAUGUGGACCAUUUCCCCAGCUCAGCCCCUCCCAGCGAACUACCCUUGGAGCGUGGGCGCCUGUCUGUCCCUCCAGCACCCUCCUGGGCAGAGUUUCUGUCCGCCUCUGCCAGCGGCAAGAUGGAGAGUGACUUUGCCCUGCUGACGCUAUCGGAUCAUGAGCAGCGGGAACUGUACGAGGCAGCUCGAGUCAUCCAGACAGCCUUCCGAAAGUACAAGGGCCGGAGGCUGAAGGAACAGCAGGAGGUGGCAGCCGCUGUGAUCCAGCGCUGCUACCGGAAGUACAAGCAGCUGACCUGGAUUGCACUGAAGUUUGCACUCUACAAGAAGAUGACCCAGGCGGCCAUCCUGAUCCAGAGCAAGUUCCGGAGCUACUACGAGCAGAAGCGGUUCCAGCAGAGCCGCCGCGCGGCGGUGCUCAUCCAGCAGCACUACCGCUCCUAUCGCCGCCGACCAGCGGGCACCCUGCAGGCCCGCAGCAACAGAGGCUCCUUUCUCACCAAGAAGCAGGACCAGGCAGCCCGGAAGAUCAUGCGCUUCCUGCGGCGCUGCCGACACAGGAUGAGGGAACUGAAGCAGAACCAGGAGCUGGAAGGGCUCCCGCAGCCCGGCCUGGCCACCUGACCUACGCCCCACCUUCCUCACCGCCCUGGGGGCCGCUUCUGGCAGUCUUAACCGGGAGAGGGCUCUCCGGGGGAGGGGAGACCCUGUCGGCAGCUGUUCCCCCCCCACGCCCCCGCUCUUCGGCCCCCCCAGACCCGCCCUCCUCCUUGCAUCUUCAGCCGUGACCUGCGGAGCCGUGCCUGCGCCCGCCUCAGCCCCCUCCUGACUUGCCUUAUUUAUUUGUUGGACGCGUCUCUGAAUGUAUCCGCCUCGGCCCCCACCCGACUCCGCAUGUUGGCGUGUGUCCCCCCACCCCCGCGGCCCGCCUCCCCGACGCCCGCGGGCGGCCCCGGGCCGGGGAGGGGGUGCGGCGUGGGCGGGGUGGUCCCCGCGAUGGGGGGGCCUGUACAUACUGUAACAUACAGAUUAUAGUGAAGAAUCUAUUUACGGCGCCGCGGGGAGGGCCACGGCGCGGCGGGGGCCCCCGGCCGGCUCCACGAGCACUUUCUACUUGUGCAUGGGCUUGGUUUCUACGAGUUGCCAUUAAACAUCGCUGCACCA